UGCCUCGCAAGGCCAUCGAUACGAGCACACAAGGCAAGACGUAGUAAGAGUAAGCAGAGUACCGUAAAAAAGAAGGGCCAGAAAAAACUAGGCAAGAACCAAGAAUGUCGAUGCCCAAGCGCAGCUAUGGCUUCGGCGGCUACGGCUACGGCCAGAAGAAGCCCCUGGUGAACUACCACACAAGCCAGAACGGCGACUCCGUGACCACCGUCGUGAAGGAGAUGACCCGCAUGACCGUCACCGAGAAGCCGGGCUACGGCGCCGGCGGUGGCGCUGCGCUGAAGCACGGCGCCUUCUUGGAGGAGGUGUGUGAGGAGGACGCCGGCGCCGGAGUGUACUCCCACGGUGGUAGCGCGGUGCAGAAGCACGGCUACGAGCAGAAGGCGGCUUACGGGCAGCAGCACGGGAGCGAGGUGGUGGGAUCAGGGUACGAGUACGACAGCACUCUGCAGCAGCACGAGCAGAAGCACGGCGGGGGCUUCGUGGACGGGCACAAGACGUCGUCGUACCAGCAUCACGGGAGCAGCGAUAACUUCGCCGGAGCUGGGUACGUCGACGACGCUGCUGUCCAGCACGACGCCGCCAAGAACUACACGGUGAAGAAGCACCACGGCGGCUACGAGCAGAAGGCGUACGGCCAGCAGCAGCAGCAGCAUGGGGGCUUUGGAGGGUACGAAUCGUACGAUGCCGCUGGGUACGACGUCGAUGCUGGCCUGCUCCACGGCAGCACGGGUGUCCAGAAGCAGCACGGCUACGGCUACGGCGGCACGCAGAAGCGGCACGGCGGCGGGCACAAGGGGUACGGCUACGCCGACGGGCAGAAUGCUUGCUACCAGCAGCAGCAAGGGUUCGAUGCCGACGGCAUCGCAGGGUACGAGUACGACGCCUUCGACAUGAAGGCGCAGCAGAAGCGCGGCUACAGCGGCGCGCACAAGGCGGCGUACCGGCAGCCGCAAGUCUGCGACGACGGCAUCGCGGGGUACGACGCCCUCGUCCAGAGCAGGGAGAUGCAGAAGCAGCACGGCGCCGCCUAUGGACAGAAGGGCCAGUCGUACCAGCACGGUGGCGUGCAGCAGUCAUACGGGAAGGCAUACAAGCACCAGGUCGCCGGUGCUGGCGCCCUGACACAGUACAAGCAGGAGUGCGAGAGCGAGGACGAGAGCGACUGCAGCGAGGAAGAGAGCGACUGCGAUGAGGAGCUGGCCCUGGCUCAUGCUGGGCACGGGGGCGCCGGUGGAGCUUAUGGCUUCCAGGCGUAUAAGCAGCAGGGGAAGCUCGCUGGCAGCACCACGCGCCAGUAUGAAUCCUACCACAGCUCUACCACCACUGGAGGUUACUCAGGUGGCGGCUACGGCGGCUGGACCCAGCGCAAGAACCACAGCCUCUUCUGAGCUGCAUAAUAUGGAUAGAUGCUCCUGAACUGCAGCCCUGCCCACCUACGACUACGAGGAUGAUAUGCUCGUGUGCCUAUGUAUGCAUACUCAUAUAGAUACAUAAGCCAUGUAUGCUAAUACUCGGAGAACCUUGGAAGUUAAUCUAAGUGACUAAAUAAACUGAUGCUCUGCAACGCGUCGGUACAAUAAUAUGAUACAGAAGUUUGGUUA